UAUUUGUUUUAACAGACUGGAGACGUCAUAGAGCAUUUCCUUCUGUGUGUUGUUCAGCGUUGGCACUAAGAGAUUUGGAUGUGCUGGCUCAGCUCCAUAAAGCUGCAGAUACCUGCCUUGGUAUCGCAACUGAUUAUGGCACGAAGGGAAACACAGUGUUCCCUUUGGCAGAGAGACUGUAGUUCACAAACACCCUGUCUUGAGCCAUGAAUAGAGGAAACAAUCAAAGAAAGAAGAAAACAAGCCCCAGCACUCCCAGAACUUUCAGCUCCUGUGGCAGGUGCUGUGGAUGCAGAUCUUCCUGCAUCUGACUGCAGGAUACUUCUGGUGACUCAGGUUCAAGCCUUGGUACUGCUGUAGAGGGAUGAUAUUGGCAGUCACUGUGUAGCAAACAAGAGUGUGUGCUAUGAAAUAGGCCAGGCUAAAAAGGUUGUUUGCCUCUGCCAGGCCCGCUUGCUGCCCCAACCCUGCUCCCUGAAGGAACUUGUUUUGUUUGGUUUUGUUUUGUCUUUCUUAUUAUGCAGAGUUUUCUGUUUAUGCCUCACUCAUGCUUGUUUCUUAUCUCUUUGUAACCACUUGCAGUAUUUUUUCAUUCCUGCCUGAGCAAUCCUAGCUAAACCCUAAAUUUUUUAAUUAUAUUAAUGGGCUGUUCUCUCCCAAAACGCUCCUUCAACUUGAAUUCUGGUUAGUAUUUUGCUAUCUGACUAGUCCAGUACUUAUAUUAGUUCUCUCUCUUUUUCUGGGUGUGGUAUGCUGUUAUAGUCUCUACCCUCUUAUAAACCAGACCAAUCAGGACAGAUUUAAACUUGAAAUUUGGGAUUGUACCUUGCAAACCAGAUCUGGGCAUUAUGUACCUGUGUAUUGUAGUGAAAGCUUCUGUGUAUUUUCAGUUCUUAGGUAGCAAAAACCUGUGACCACCACUUGUCCCUAUUGCUUUUGCCUUCCUUGACACUCUUUGUCAUCCACCAUUUUCACUGUAACAGUGUGAUAUUAAGUUUUUCUGCAGUAUUCGUAGGAAUACUCAACUGUUCUGCAGAGAAAUUGGUCUUGACUGGCAUUACUCAAGUUACAGAACGGCUGAGCUACAUCAGGUGCUCAGUGCCAUGUCUAGUUGAGGUUUGAAUUUCUCAGAGGAUGGAGAAUUCUCAGUAUUUCUAUGUCCUUGUCCUUGCACUGUAAUAAUGAAGUAGCCUUUGUCCCAGUCCUUACAAUGGAUGUGCACUGGCAUUUCACUGAGGGAUUGGAUUCACCCAGGAUUGAGGCUGGGCAUGUAACUUCCAUAGUGGUAAAUGACAAUAAGGCACAGGACAGCAAUGUUUAUGAAACCAUCACUUCCUGCACACACCACUCAGGAUAUCCUCACCUUUUCUUUGCCAUAAGUCUGUCCCCAGAAAUAUCAUCUUCAGGAAGAGUAAUUGUACUUCUACUUGUGUUUUGAUGAAAGAAUGAAUCUUUGGUGGAUAAUCUCUCUGCAACAAAGAGCAAAUAGGUUCAAAGCGAGUCCUGAGGUCAAAUGAAUACGUCCUCCCGCCUGGGGGCCUGAUGGAGACUGAGCUGGAGCUGACCUUCUCACUGCAGUACCCACACUUCCUCAAGAGAGAUGGCAACAAACUACAGAUCAUGCUGCAGCGGAGGAAGAGAUACAAGAACCGCACCAUCCUGGGCUACAAGACCCUGGCAGUGGGAAUCAUUAACAUGGCUGAGGUAAUGCAGCACCCGACAGAUGGUGGUCAACUCCUGGGCCUCCACAGCAACAUGAAAGAUGUGAACAUUCGAGUGGCUGAAAUCAGCAUCUACUCUCUGUCCAGUCAGCCCAUCGACCAUGAGGAUGGGAACGUCCCCUCAGGUCCUAAAAUCAAAGCAUCAGAUCGCUCCCCAGACAUUGAUAACGACUCUGAAGAUGAUGAUGACAGCUUCUCCUCAGAGCAGGAAGCCAGUGAUGAUGCUGUGCAGGGUCAGGAUCUAUUUGAUGAAGAGGAUGAAUUGAGGAAAACCAAGAAGGCCAGGAGGAAAAUGAGCCGAACCACAUCAAUGGCCAGACAACCAAACUUCAAGCAGAAAUUUGUGGCUUUGCUGAAGAGGUUCAAAGUGACAGAAGAGGUCCUGGACUCUGACCCUGUAGACCAGACCCAGGAGGUGGAAGAAGACCUGGGCUUGCUCUAUGACAGCCUGGAAGAGUGCAACAACAGUGACAGCGGCCCAGAGAUGGAGGACAAUGAGAGUGUGCACAGCACACCCAAGCCCACCCUGAGGCGUUUCUUUGAGGGAGUCUCUCAUUCUGGUUCCCAGACUGAGAUCGGCAGUUUGCACAGCCAGAAAGGGCAGGAUCAAGAGUCGGGCAGCCCUGGCGAGGCAGACAAUCGGAAGCCAGGAGCACAGCGAACACAGGAAGAGCCAGGAACGGAGGUCCCUGCAGCGGAGCUGGCAGCAGAGGAGCCGUGUUCCCGGCUGGCCCCCACAGAAGCUGCCAUGAGGGAGAGCAGCAUGGACAGACUGGCCCAGCUGGGUGCUGGGACUAAAGCCGAGCUCCCCAGUGCCGUAUCCCCCAGCAAGGCAGAGAGCAAGCAGUUGUGGCGUCCCCGCAGCACCUCCGUGAAGGACCGGCAGAGCUCAAAGGGACAGGGUGGCCGUGCCAGCAGCCUGGACAGUGAGAGCUCUCCAGACUCAUGGCAUAGCACCCAGGUGCCUCGAAAGUCUGUUUACGAUCAGCUGAACCAGAUCCUGGUCUCAGAUGAGCAGCUCCCCGAGAGCAUUGUGCUGGUGAAUGUUGCUGAGUGGCAGGGGCAGUACGUCAGCGAGCAGCUCCAGGCGCACAAGCAGUUGGUUGUAUCCACCUGCUCCGUGGCAGACAUCCAGGCAGCCUUCAACACCACUGUCUCCCGCAUCCAGCGAUACUGUAACUGUAACUCCCAUAUGCCUCCCCCGGUGAAGGUGGUGGUGGCAGGGGACCAGAGCUACCUGAGUGUUGUCCUCCGUUUCUUUGUGGAGCAACUGGCCAGCAAGACACCCGACUGGCUCAACUACCUUCGCUUCCUGCUUGUACCACUGGGCUCUCACCCUCUGGCCAAGUACCUAGCCUCAGUGGAUAACAAAUACAGCACUCUGUUCCUGGACUCAGCAUGGCGGGAGCUGUUCAGCAGGGCUGAGCCACCCACCGCAGACACUGUGGACAUAGCAGGCCGUGUUGCCCAGUUCAUCGCUGGAGCCAGCCUCUCUCACCAGCUCCCCAUCUCUGAGGCCAUGCUGACCUACAAGCAGAAGAGGAAGAGAAGUCUCUAUUUUGAUUUUUAUAUCAGCCCCGAUGAGGACUCCUGCCAGAAGUUUGUCCCCUUUGUGGGGGUGGUAAAGGUGGGCCUGGUGGAGCAGUCUUUCAGUGCCUCCGUGGACUCGGAUGAUGCUACAGUCUGCACCCCCUCCCUGCUGAGCUCAGCACCAGCCUCCAGUGCAGCUGUUCCCUAUGGCAAGGAGACUGUGAGCACCCCACCACCCUCUCCGUCCGUCAGCAGCGGCCUCUCGGGUGCUGGGUCUCUGAGCCCUGGUGUGGAGGUGAUGGGCCUGCAGGUGGACUACUGGACAACACAAGGGCUGGACAGGAAAAAGGAGGGUGAGAAGCGGGAGACGGGUAUCAAGAACACACUCAAGAGCAACUUCCGCUCACUCCAGGUCAGCCGCAUCCCCAGCACGGGGGAGCUGGUGCCCCCCAGCACCAUGGCCAUGACCGUGGUCACCAAGGAGAAAAACAAGAAAGUGAUGUUCCUGAGCAAGAAACCAAAAGAAAAAGACUUGGAACCCAAAAGCCAAGUCAUUGAAGGGAUCACACGCCUCAUCUGCACAGCCAAGCACCAGAACACGAUGUUGCGAGUCUCCAUAGAUGGGGUGGAGUGGAACGAUGUGAAGUUUUUCCAGCUGGCAGCACAGUGGCCAACACACGUCAAGUAUCUCCCUGUGGGCAUCUUCGGCUACUCAAAGAACCAGUCCCUGCCUGCUCAGUGGGGGGGGAUACCACACCUGCAUCCUGUGGGCCAAGACCCGUGAAGGUGAGGCCAGUGAGACCGGGUCCAUGCACCCUCCAACACCAGCCAGGACACCAUGCCAUCUGCCUCCCGUGUCCCCCAACAGCAGCCUGGGACAAGGGUUGGCACCAGCCAGCAGAGCCCCAGGAAGGGCUCUGGGCCCCACUCUCUGCAGAUGCACCUGCCAGGCCAGCCCUGUAGCCAGCCAGGGUCCCAGCUGGGCUGGGCCCAGGCAGGUUCCCCAGUGCUGCAGCCAGCCAGAUUGCUCUGUGCAGGGGGCAGGUGCUGAGCAGGGCCCACCACCCCUCUACCACCCUUGCCAGCCCCACUGCCAGCCUUGCACUACUGUGCUGGCCCUGCCCUCCACAGCACAGCCUCAGCAGUUUUUUCAGUCCCCCUGCAGCCCUGCUGUUGAGGCUGUCCUCUUCAUCUCCCCAUCCCUUCCCAACCAGCCCUACCCCAUGGUGCUGCCAGCUGGAUGUGCGGGAUGAGGGCACCUGAGUUUUUUUUUUUACAAGAUUCUAUUUUUUUUAAAUUUAUUGUAUGGUUACUUUUUGGGAUUAAUUUUAAUAAAUUAAUGCUGUUACCAUUA